AUGACAGGAGGUAAGUUCACUUUCGUCUCCGAUAAUUUGGAGGUUAAAAUGAGUAAAAUUGAUAGGUUCUUGGUGAAUGCUGAGUUUAUGCAUCUUUGGCCGCUCGCUAAUCUGGAGGUUCAAAAUAGCGGGUUAUCUGACCACUGCCCGUUAGCUCUCUCUUGUAUUUCUCAUGAUUUCGGCCCUAUACCCUUCAAGUUUUUCAACUCUUGGGUAGGGGAAGAAAGAUUGGUGAAAAUUGUGGAAAGUAUCUCAGCGGUUCCUAAUGAUGGAGAAUUAAGUGAUAUCUUCCUUGCUAAUACUUUGAGAAAUAUCAAAAAGGAAAUCAAAAAAUUGAGACAAGAGGUAACAGUGGCUGAGAAUAAAGAGGUGAAGGGGAUGUUAGAUAUAAUUGGUAAGAUUGAGAAAAAAACCGAGUCGAUGCCGUUAACUCAAAUCGAGAAAAGAACCAGGGUUGAUUUACGUGUGCAGUUAAAAAAAUUGGAGGCUAUAAAAGUGAAAAACUUACAACAAAAAGCUCGUGUUAACUGGAUCCGGUUUGGAGAUGAAAAUUCUUCGUUCUUCCAUAGGCUGAUAAAUGUGAACAUUGUGAAUAAUAGGAUUAAUGGGCUGAGGUUUCGGGAUUCUUGGAUUUCCGAUCCGAUUGAGCUGAAAAUGGAAGUUAGAAACUGGUUUAAAAAACAGUUUUUGGAGCCUAUUCGUCGCCGACCGAAAUUCGCCAAUAUCAGGCUGCCCAGGUUAUCUGAGUAA